AUGGCUUUUACUGGCAAAUAUGAAUGUGAGACUCAGGAAAACUAUGAUGAAUUCUUAAAACUCAUUGGUAUUUCUGAUGAACUCAUUGAAAAGGGAAGGAAUGUUAAAGUAGUUACCGAGGUCAUUCAAAAUGGCAAUGAAUUUGUAUGGACACAGAUCUAUCCAGAGAAAACUUUGACAAACAAGUUUGUCAUUGGUCAGGAGUCAGAAAUGCAGACAAUCACUGGCAAACAGUUCAAGGCAACAGUUAAAAUGGAAGGUGGCAAACUUGUGGUGGACUUCCCAAAUUAUCAUCAUACUGUUGAAAUCUCAGGAGGCAAGCUAGUUGAAGUGAGUAAAGAUUUUGAAUGUCAUGUCUAA